CAAUGCUGCUUCCAUGUUCGGGCCAACGAAGUCCUUCUCUUGCUUAAAUAAAUAUAUGGCGAUUCCCGAUCUUCGGAAAUGGUUUCGGGUUCAAUCACUGUAGGACCGAGCGUCAAUGUUGUUGAGGGAGGAAUGAUUGACCAGAUUUCAACUUCAACGCUUCCAACUUGUCGACCACAAGGCACAACAAGAUAAAACAUAAACUAUCGUCUACAGUCAAGAUGGCUUGGUCCGAUCCAGAUGGCUGGCUAACGAGGGCCUGGUCCCCGCAUGCUUCUACUAUAAUCAUUACCGCUCUCAUCGUCCUUUUUGUUCCCAUUAUCUUGCAUGUCUUGCUCUACCACUCCGCGCCUUCACACACGCUUCCAAGCUUUCUCCUCCUUGGGCCCAGUGGUUCCGGAAAGACAACGCUUCUUGCACAUUUUGAAACGAGCGCCUUCCGCCAAACCCAUACCUCCCAAAGCACAACCACAUCCAGGGUGUCUCUCCCAUCCUCCACCACCCCGAAAUCCGACCAAUACCGCUCCGUCCACGACCCCGCCCUCAAGUCUCCCAAGAACGUCUUCGUAACCGACACCCCUGGCCAUGCCAAACUCCGCCACGUUGCCCUGGAAUCCCUGAAACCCAUCCAACCCAACGCCAAAAAGGCAACCCCCAAGUUCGACGGCAUCGUCUUCGUGAUCGACUCCACGGCCGUCAACCCUGGGACCUCGGCCCUCGAACAAACCGCCGAGUAUCUCCAUGACGUGCUCCUCCUCCUCCAGAAACGCCACACCCGCGCGAAAACCUCCCGCCAUCCGCCCGCCACCCCGGUUUUGAUCGCCGCCAACAAAGCGGACCUCUUCACCGCGCUGCCAGCGGACAUGAUCCGGAAGGGGCUGGAGAGCGAAAUCGAGCGGAUACGACAGUCGAGGCGGAAGGGGGUGUUGACUGUGGGGUCGACGGAGGAGGAAAGGGAUGACGAGAGGGAGGAAGAGUGGUUGGGUGAGGGGGGUGAUGGGGCGUUUGAGUUCGAGAUGAUGAGGGAGAGCGAUGUGAAGGUUGAUGUCGUCGGAGGAAGCGCGUCUACUGGGGAUGUAACGGGAUGGUGGGAAUGGAUUGCAAAUCAGAUGUAAUAAGGGAUGGAAGCAAUAAAUCCGCAUAUCCAAGAAAACAGAUGUAUAUCCU